UCUUCCCUCGCCUGUACUCAUACACACACUUACACACCGAAGUAAUGGGAUAUGAUUCGAUGCAUGAAUGUGCAGUGAGGGGUGUGUGUGAGUGCACGAAGAGGAGGAUUGUGCGUUUGAGGACAGCCAGCCAGCCAAGUGCAUGUCAGUCUGACGUGAGGAGUGUGAGUGAGCUGAAGGAGCUUCCAUGAUUUCUUUCUGGAUAUGUUUUUUGCGGCAGUGCAGCCUGAGAAGGAGACAGAAGAGUCAACCUCAACAUGAAGUCUGGUAGCUGCUUUCCACAGAUGUUCAGCACAGUCCUGAAAAUGUAGAAUCUUGUCUUUAAAUAAGAUGUGAGGAUCAAGGCCUUUAAAUGGAUCCUUUUCCUAAAUUACAGUUCUGCACUUGACAAGGACAUGAUGACUUACAGCCCUUUUGGAAAUACUGAAGCAUUUAUGUGCACUGUUUAAAAUGUCUAAGUGGAUGGACUGGAACUCUGUGACAUACUAAAGAUAUUAUCAAAACAUUAAUGUAGAACCCCCCCCCCCAAAAAAAAAAAAACACUGCCCUACGGAGAAUGAAUGUGAUGAACCCUAACCCUUCUAUGUCAGUAUACAGUAUAAAAAGGAUUAAAGCUGAAAAGCUGGAAAGAGCACAGUUCAUAGUUCUUCCACAACAAAAAUAGCAGAAAGCCAGUGGGCAAGUAAAACCCUGUACUGUACAUUAAAGAUCAGAAGAAAGUUACAACAUUGUACAGAGCGACUGACUCUGGCGUUCCUGACCCAGAGAUGAGUGUUUCUCAGCCCAGUGAGGGUUUCCCUGUCAGGGGGAAAAGUGGAUCCAGCAUGAGGCUCCCUCUUCACAGUGGAGGAGACCACAAUGGGAAUGCUUUCACAAUUUCCUCUUCAUCCUCCUCCUCUUCCUCCUCCUGUCUUGGGGAGUCAUCUCCUGAGUCAAUGCGGAGUCUGAGCAGCCUCAGUGUGAGCCGGACUGAGAGCCCACUGGACUAUGACAUGUUUGAGGUCACCCUGAGGACGACAGUGAUGACUAAAACGGAUAAAAUUAGAGAUGUUGUCAUUUCAAAAUGGGUGCCAGAGGAGGAAAGAAAACCAGAUUACAAUGUUGAUGUCUCAGUGGGAAAGAUACAAACAGCAGCAGAGCUAUCAGAAUCCAACAACAACUCUGAGUCUGUUUACCUGGACGCCAACAGUGGCGAAUUCCGCCAAGACACCUGGAACGACAAUGAAAACCUGACGCUGGCCCUGUCCCAGACGACAAACAGCAGUAGCCAUGGCAAUAAUGAUGACCUCAGCAGUGGAAGCAGUAACAGGAGAAGGCAUGGCUCCUCAAAUCCUGACUCAGACGCAACAGAAAUCCCUGCUGAUGAUUCUGAUGAUGAUGAUGAAGAGGAGGCUUUGUUUCUGUCAGUGAGCUCUGACAUGGGUGUGCGGAGAAGCAGCAUGACCUUCACAAGCUCAACCAGUCAAUCCAGUGACAACCUCAUGAACCCAGGUGGCUCUGCUGCGACGAGUGUAGCUGAUGAUGAGAGGUCAGAGCUGGUGUUAGAAAGGCCUGAGGUUGCCCGUCCCCUUGGUCUACCAGUGGAAAACCAGGCAGAACCUCCUACUUCUGAGGACCUUAGUGAAACCACCCAGAUAUCAUGUUCUUCUCCCUCUUCUGCCAAUCCAGCUCAAGAUGCUAAGGAUGUCACAUCUCCUCCACUUGAGGAAGCUGAAAGAUGUGCAGUGGGCCAAAAACCCACCCAAACUAACAGUAGUCAGCCAGCCAGAGCAGCAAAAACUAAACCAACUACUGCUACUUCAACUGCUCCCAAGACAGCGAUGUCCACAGACAUCAAACCAUCCGGUCUGAACGCAAAGAGAGUUUCCAAACUGGACCUAAAAAAUGUCAAGGCUAAAGUUGGAUCCUGGUCCGCCCCAUCUCCACCUAAAACACCCAGCCAGAAGAAAUCUGCUCCAGCCAAGGGAAAGAGAGGUGUUACUAUGAAGGAGGAAGCACAGACUGGGGAAUGGGGUAAAAAGCAAAGGUCAUCUGCAGUUUCAGUUACAGUGGCCAUGGUGCUGAAACCCAUCAGAGGAAAGAACAGUAACCUCAAAGCCAAACACAAGACAGUAGCCAAUGACGCUGCUCUGCCAGAGAAGAAGAGUGCGGCCAUCAAUCGAACACACUCUACUUCGACCAGCUCUCUGGGGUCUGAGGUGGUUGAGGAAGGACCCCUGGACUCUCCCAGGAAAGCAGUCCAGGAAGUGCCUGAUAAACAUGAAACUUCAUAUCCAAGUGAAGAUGCUCAUGAAGAGUCUGUGGAGGACCAAAGGGAGGGUACUGGAAAGGCUUUAAUGACAGAGGCUGAUGUGGAGAAACCAAGGAAUCAUAGCAGGAAAGUCUCCUCUAAGCUGGGGCCCGGUGCCAGGCAGCAGGGGAGAGGCACCAGAAUGGAUAAGGGGCCCUCGGGAACGGCUCCACCUCCAGGGUCAGGGACCGGACCUCCAGGACAGGGGAGCCCCGGGUCCAGGCAAACCAGGAGUGAUGGCUUCACGUUGGGAGAGGGUGGACAGAGCACUGGGGGUGGAUCUCCAACGAGAGUGAGGCAAAGCCCAAGUCAGUGCCAGGGUAUCUCCAAACCUCGCCCCACCGCAGAGCGAGCAUCUACAUUGGCUGCCUUGGGUCCCGCAAUGUCCAACUCCAAACCAACAGCCAAUCAGCAGCCAGCAUCAGGGUCGCUCGGAAGACUUGGUGCACCUGCCGUGUCAAAACUUCCUGUUAAGGGAUUACCCACAAGCCUCAGUUCCUCAUCACUGGGAAACAACGAGAACAAUGCAGCCACAAGCAAAGUUUCUCCAGGAGCACCAGCACCAACAGGGACCAAGCCAGAUGAGCGGCCCAGCAGAAGCACGCUUCCUGUGGGCAGUCAGAGCACGGCAAACCCCCUCAUGUCCAGCACUGCAGCUACCGCCAGCACCAAUACUCCCAGUGACAUAGUUACCAGUUCUAACAGUGGUGUCCCUGCUGCUCCAAAGCCUCCUGCAAUGAGGAGCAGAGCUCUGUCACUGCAGGCCAGGGCCACUCCAACAGGUCUGAAGGCCCCAACACUCACCAACCACAACACAGCUAGGACAGCAUCCGCCAAUCAAGCAGCAGCAAAGACAGCUCCUGCUGCCAAUCAGGGGCUGGCGAAGCAGGUAUCCCAUUAUCCCUUGCAAAGAAGUGGCUCAGCGAGACUCAGUCGACUGAACAGCACAGUGGACAAAAACAAGCCCCGGGAGGUGCCGGCAAGACCCACAAACACCAACAACAGCUCACAGGUAGCAGCAUCUGCAGGAGGAAACAACCAGAACCAGCAACAACCUCCACCUGACCUGAUACCGGACGUGGUGAAUGCUAAUGCACCAGUGACGCCAGUUCUCCCAGUGCCUGCCACUGAUAUCACCAACACUGGGUCAAGCACCACUGGGGCCUCUGGUCUUGGGUUCAAAGCAAGAACAGGGCCACGAUCCAGCCCCAAAACAGGAUCUCACCUACAGAAUACAUUCAAGCCUGUCGCAGCCAGGGCUGUUGUGGCAGACGGGAUGGUCACGAUGAAACAGAACCAGAGCAAAGAGCAGGCAGAGAAGAAGAACCAGGCCAUCAACCAGCUGAGGAAGCUGCUCAUCCAGGGAAAUAAGAGAGUGGAGGCUCUGGCUACAGUCAUCCAACAUCUCUUCACUGAGCGCGAGGAUGCCUUGAAGCAGAAGAAGGCAUUGUCGCUGGAACUGGCAAACCUCCGAGACGAGAUGGUCAUGUCGUCACAGUGCUGCAAGCAUCUGCAGAAGGAGAAGGAGGAGGUGCGUGUCAGCUUGGAGGAGGCUUUGAAGAGGCUGGAGGAGCAGCACAAGGAGGAGCUGGUGCAGCUGGAGGACAGAUUGAGGAGCUUUUACCAAACAGAGUGGGACAAAGUCCACCAGACGUACCAAGAGGAGGCUGACAAAUACCGCAUGUUGAUGGAACAGCAGGUGGCGGAGCUGAGGAGACGACAGGAAGCAGAGAGGAAGAACCAGGAAGUGAGUCACAGACAGAAGAUGGAGUCUCUCAAACUGCAGUAUGAGACCUCCAUACAAGAGCUGAAGAGGAUCCAGCAGACAGACCUGGAGAACCUGGAGAAAACACUUAAGGAGACUGAAACAUCUCUCUCUGAUAAAGUAUCUGAGCUGUCAGCAGAGAAGGAGGCUCUGAAUGAGAAAUUGAAAGCAGAGGAGGAGAGGAGGAAGUGCAUACUCAGUGACAAAAAUCUGAAGGACUCCCACACAGUGUACCUGGAGCAGGAGCUGGAGAGUCUUAAGGUGGUGCUUGAGAUCAAGAACAACCAGCUUCACCAGAAGGAGAAGAAGCUCAUGGAGAUGGACAAACUGGUGGAGACUAAUGUGAAACUGGGUGAGUGUCUGAAGAAGGUCCAACAGGAGAACGAGGACUACAAGGCCAGGAUGGAUAAACAUGCUGCUCUCUCCAAGCAGCUGUCCAAUGAACAGGCCAUACUCCAGCAGACGCUGCAGAAAGAGUCCAAGGUCAACAAGCGUCUGUCCAUGGAGAACGAGGAGCUGCUGUGGAAGCUGCACAACGGUGACCUGCUGGCGAGUCCCCGCCGCCUCUCACCCACCUCACCCUUCAACUCACCACGAAACUCUGCCUCCUUCCCCACAACUGCACCCUUAUCGCCCAGAUAACCCCAACAACAAACAACAACCCCUUCCUCCCCUGACCUUCUGAUUCUCCUCAUCACCUUUACAAGCAUGGAAAGAUGGAAACUCUUCCAAAUACAGACAAAGACACAGUCGUGUUGUUGGAUAUUAAUGAUGAACUUGUACAUUUGGAUUAAAUUGCAUUAAAGAUGCUUAUUUUGAAAGCGAAAAGACAUUGUAGUGGCACCGAUGCACUUAAUUCAGACCAUGGGACUGGCCUUGCUCUCCAUAAGUCUCUUCCAAAUACCUGGUUCUCCAACAAACCUUUCUUCUUUUUCUGAAGAAACGUACAAACAGGCACACCUCAGGGUCUGUACAUAGUGCCUCACUCUCGUUAUGACUAUCCUUACCUUUUUGUUUCUUUUGACAUGUUGUACAGUUUAUGCUCAUCCUGUUCUUUUAUGCCCCUCUUUCUAAAGAGGUGGAUGAGAAAAAACCUUGGACUUGUGCUGUAUACAGGGUUUGUGGAAACAGACUCAAAGUUCUUUGGGUCUGGCAAAUCAUAAAAUGACGGGUACUUCUUGGUGGAUUAGCAUGGAUUGUUUUGCCUUUCCCCUUCUUUUAAAGAGGAUGGUUUUUUCCCCCAAAGUGCGAAGCUCAAUCACAGAUCUGCUUUGGACCUCUGGAAGAAGUGGAUGAACUUGAUGUCCUUCUGCAGGCAAACAGGAACACACAUUCAUGAUUGUUGAGUGUGUGAGCUACUCACAACCUCUACCUUAAUAUACUAUGUGGAAUGUAAUCACCCUUGGAUGUUAAAUCUGAGCAGGCCAGUUCAGAGACACACACACACACACACACACACACACACACACACAGACAUCUCAGAGCCAAAAAUGCAGUUUAAUUAACAAGGAUGGUGUUAGCCAGGACAGUGUUUACACCUGGCAAACCGAUGAAAGAGAUGUACCCAAAUUGCCUCAGUGUACCAUGUUCUGUUUUAUUUUGGACACAGAAUAAAUACAAUAUGACAUCA